AUGACAACAUUAAUUAUUAUUUUAGUAGUAUGGGCAAUAUCAUCAACAAUACUUCUUAUUAUAUGUAUUCUUGGAAAUUUUGGCAUAUGUAUUGAUAAAAAAUAUUUUCAAACAUUUGGACCAAAAUUAUUAAAAAAAUUUUCACAAUCAAAUGAAACAAAAUCAUCAUCAGUAAAGGAUAAUCAAAGUAUUGAAAGUAUUUGUCAUGAGGUAACAAAUGAUAUUCAAUUUACUAAAACUCCAAUUGAAAUAUAUUCAAAAAGACAUGUUUUAAAUAUUGAAAUUCCACCAAAUUCUGGAGAACCAUCUAUAAUUGAUCCUGUUGAGUAUUAUACAUUGUCAAGAAAUGGUGAUUCACAAUUAAACAAUAUUACUCAUGAAGAAGACUUAAAAAUAUUUCCUAUUAUUGAUGGAAAACAUAAAUAUGUUCCAUGUUAUAUUUCCCAAAGAAAAAAUGAACCUACUUUAUAUUGUCUAUGUAAUAGAUUAGAAAUCAGUAUUUAUGAAGAUAGAAGAAUACCAGUAUCUGAAAAAAUUUUAUUUUUUUACAUUAUGAAAGUUUAUAAAACAUUAGUAAUAUGGCUUGGUAUUGGUGUAAUAUUCUUAUUUUGUUUAUUUAUCUUUACUUAUUGUAAAGAAUUUAUGUCUAAUAGAUUCGAUGAGUAA